AUGACGCGUACUGAAUUCGAACACUUACCCAAUGAGUUAAUAAUUAAAAUACUGAAAUAUUUAACAGCUGUCGAUGCAUGGUAUGCAUUUUACAAUUUGAAUACUCGUUUGGAUGGUCUAGUGCAAGCCAGUAGUAUCGAUUUCGAUCUCAGUUGUUGUCGUAAAUCUCAAUUCGAUUUUACUCGUAAACAUAUUUUCAAGAAAAUCGAAGUUCCAUUUGCUGUUAAGUUUUGUCCACGACUGAUGAUAGAACAGACCGAGCAGCUUUUUUUUGAAACGAAGUCGAAGAACGUCUUACAGCUGCUGCAGUCGUUGACAUUGAUCAAUUUAACUGAUGACACGAUCGAUAUAGUGCGUAAGAAAUUAAGCGAUUUCAUCAAUCUUCGUUCACUAACUAUAAUGCAUGACUCCGAAGAAUCGAAAGGAAAAUUUGUCACCAAAAUUAUGAAUGUUAAUUUGCCUUUGCUUACUUAUCUCAAACUUGGCUAUACAGGUCGCCGUUCUGGUUUGGUUUUUGACGAAAGGGAACUGUAUAAAUGUCGUUUUAAUGUUCCAAAUGUUCAAGAAUUUAUUCUUCGAAUUCCAAUCACUUUCAAUAUUCUUUAUCGUUUUUUAUCGAUGUUACCCCAAAUAGUAUCCAUCGAUGUCAUUGUGUCAGCACGAAAAGGUGAAGAAUACAUGAAUAAACCAAAUGAUUUCAGUCCUAGAAUCAACUUACAGAAGUUAGUUAUCACUAUGAAUGGAAUAGUUCCCUUUACAACCAUGGCGAGAUUUCUUCGUAGCCUUCCACAAUUGCACACAUUUUGGUUUAGUGCAUUUAUUUGCAACUAUACUGCCGGUGCUGAAUAUCAAGAUGGAGCAAUUUGGGAAGAGUUAAUUCGUACUCACUUACCAAAUUUAACUGAUUUUCGUUUGAACGUUGGUCUUGAAGCAGCCGAAACUGCAACACCUUCAUCUGUAAUGCAAUCUUUUCGCAGCAACUUCUGGACUGAAGAAAAGAAGUGGUGGUUUGUCGCCGAUCGACCUGAGAACGAUGUCGAUACAAUUGAACUUUACAGUUUGCCACCGCCAACUGACGAUAAAAUCAUCUUUCGUCCAAAUGUACCAUGGGUUUCUAAUUCUGCACUGCCAAACUUUGAUAGUAUACGAACACUGGAAAUAUUACCAAUUUCAGAGCAUCGGCGUAGCGCUCCAGGUAGUCCGCGUCAAUAUACAAACGCUACCACAAUCCGCUCAGCCACAGUGUACACUUAUAAUCACAGUUAUGACACUUCUAUUCUGUCUAACUAUGUAAAUUUCGCGAAAGCUACAACAUGUACCGUAGAUAGUCCAAGGUUCUUCGCAACCCUACCAAUGAUGACCAAUAUCACGUCAUUAGAAAUUCGAUGCUAUGAUGGAGACGUUGAUUGCCUCAGGUCGCUUUCUUCGCCGUUACGCACAAUCAAAAGAUUGACUCUCAGCGAGUCUUUGAACUGCUACUUCUGCAAUCUGUGUGAUGUAGAUUUAUUCACUCGACUUUUUCCCAAUUUGGAAUAUAUUUCAAUACGCAUCGCAGAAUUCGCUUGCUUGCCUAUCCUGAUGAACAGUCUGUGUCAUUUGGUUUACGCGGUUAUCCUCAACGACCCAGAAGCAAUCGACAUCGGUGAUUUGAAAAAAUGGCUAUAUAAAAGUGAAACAGGAAUGCAGUAUAAGUGGGCUUUAGAAAAUACUCGAUUAGACAUAUGGAUAGACUAA